UUAAACUUUCUGAAACUUCGCGUCAGUUCGCUGUUGCUGCUCCGCAAGCGCACACUGCCUGCCCUCUUCACAAAGACUUGCUCUACGAUAUAUUACUCUUAAUAAUGCACGGCCAUGACUCUUUACUGCUUUUCUUCCCUUUUGUUCUCUUUCGCAUCGGACUGAAUGCAAUAUCAGCGCAAUCGACCAUGUACGAGACAGAUGUGGUCGUUCCGCAGCAGCUGCGGCCGGACGAGGUGCACCUGCUCCAGGGAGCCUACAGGUGGAGCAGGGGUCGCAGACCACGCUCGGACCAUCAGCAGGAGGACCACCUGUUUCUACGACUGCCUGCUUUCGGAAAGGAGCUUUACUUGCAGCUCCAGAGAGACGACUCUUUCCUCGCCGAGGGGUUUGUGACGGAGGAGAGGGGUGAGGAGGGCAGCUUUCAGCAUGAGCCUGUUCUAAGGGUCAGACGGUGUUUCUAUACCGGAGCCGUUCUCAAUCACACAGACUCUUUCGCCUCAUUGGACGCUUGCGGUGGACUGACUGGCCUGGUUCAGACUGAAGAGGAAAGACUGUUCAUCGAGCCAGUGGGCCAGGCUGCGGAUUCCUUCUCUGGCUGGGAACACCGAGUGAUCCGGGAAAAGCAUUCUUCAUCGGAUGGACCUGCUACUGCUGAAGACAGCGGUCCGAAAUUCUGCCAAACCAUCCAAGACAGGAAGAAAGAGAAAAGGGCAAAAGGAGCAGAGGAGGUCCGUGGCAGGAGGAACGCCAUCAGGCUGAGCAGAGAAUACACGGUGGAGACGGUCGUGGUGGCCGACGUUGACAUGGUGCAGUAUCACGGAGCUGAGGCUGCCCAGCGCUUCCUGCUCACCGUCAUGAACAUGGUGUAUAACAUGUUUCAACACCAGAGUUUGGGUGUGAGGAUCCACAUCCGGGUCACCAAGUUGGUUCUCCUGCACACCCGUCCAGAAAAGCUGAAGGUGGGCCACCAUGGAGAAAAAGCCCUGGAGAGCUUCUGUCACUGGCAGCAUGAGGAAUACGGCGCACGAUACCUGGGAAACAAUCACGUUCCUGGGAGCAGAGACGAUCCUCCUCCUGUGGACGUGGCUGUGCUGGUCACCAGAACAGAUUUUUGCGUCCAUAAAGAUGAGCCUUGUGACACAGUUGGAAUCGCUUAUCUGGGCGGCACCUGUAGCUCCAAGAGGAAGUGUGUGCUGGCGGAGGACAACGGACUCAACCUGGCCUUCACCAUCGCUCAUGAGCUGGGCCACAACAUUGGCAUGAGCCAUGAUGACGAUCACGCCAGCUGCGCGGGCCACUCUCACAUCAUGUCCGGGGAAUGGGUCAAAGGUCGUAACCCCAGUGACCUCCCCUGGUCCAGCUGCAGUCAUGACGACCUGGAGAAGUUCCUCAGAUCGAAAGCAAGUGCCUGUUUGCUGCAUACUGACCCACGUAACCGCUACCUCAUCCGUCUGCCGGCCAAACUUCCCGGGAUGCACUACAGCGCUGACAAACAGUGCCAGAUCCUCUUCGGCACCAACGCUACGUUCUGCACUGAUAUGGAGCACCUGAUGUGUGCUGGUCUCUGGUGUUUGGUGGAAGGAGACACGUCAUGUAAAACCAAACUAGAUCCACCGCUGGACGGCACUGAAUGUGGAGCCGACAAGUGGUGCAGGGCGGGUGAGUGUGUCAGUAAAACACCCAUCCCGCAGCAUGUGGAUGGAGACUGGAGUCCAUGGAGCACAUGGAGCAUGUGCAGCCGAACAUGUGGCACAGGAGCGUGCUUCAGACAGAGGAAAUGUGACAACCCCCCGCCCGGUCCAGGAGGAAAGUACUGCCAGAAGACCAGCGUGGAGCACAAAGUGUGUGAAGGGCCGCCGUGUACGAAGGGUCUGCCCACGUUUAGAGACCAGCAGUGUCAGUCUCAUGACCGGCAGGCCAGUAAGAAGAAAAGCCAGAUGUGGACAGCUGUGAUCGAUGAUGAAAAGCCAUGCGCUCUGUAUUGUUCACCCAUCGGCAGUGAUGCACCGGUACUAGUGGCAGAGCGUGCGCUGGACGGAACGCCAUGUGGACCUUACGAGAGCGACCUGUGUGUGAGUGGAAAAUGUCAGAAAAUCGGCUGUGACGGCAUCAUCGGUUCUUCUGCAAAAGAAGACCGGUGCAGCGUCUGCAACGGUGAUGGCAAAUCCUGCAGGAUCGUCAAAGGAGACUUCAACCACUCCAAAGGGAUGGUCCCUCAUAGCCUUUGUAAGAAGGUUUCUACGUGUGUGAUGUCGAAACCCAGAGCUGUUCUCAAGUGUUUCUCAUGUUACAUCGAGGCAGCUGUCAUUCCGGUGGGAGCUCGGCGAAUCAAAGUUGUGGAAGACAAACCGUCCCAUAGCUUUCUGGCUCUGAAGGACUCCAGCAAGCGAUCCAUAAACAAUGACUGGAAAAUUGAGCUGCCAGGGGAGUUUGAGCUUGCUGGCACCACGGUCCGCUACGUGAGGAGAGGACUGUGGGAAAAAAUGUCUGCCAAGGGACCCACUAAGACUCCACUCCACCUCAUGGUUCUGCUGUUCCACGAUCAGACGUAUGGGAUCCAUUAUGAGUACACGGUUGCCCUGAACCAGUCACAGGAGAACGUCAGUGGUCCGGUGAAGGAACCAGAGCACAUGUACCUGUGGACUCACAGCAGCUGGGAGGACUGCAGUGUGCACUGCGGAGGAGGGGAGAGAAGGACUGUGGUCUCGUGCAUGAGAAUCGUUAACAAGACCAUGACUCAAGUCAAUGACAGCUACUGUCAGGUGGAGAACAGACCCGCGCCUCAGAUCCGCCGCUGCAACAUCCACCCCUGCCAAUACAGGUGGGUUACAGGCGAUUGGGCGCAGUGUUCAGUAACCUGCGGGAAAGGCUUGCAGCAGAGGGAAGCUGGCUGCGUGUACCAGCUGCAAAAUGGCACGUACAUCCCCACCAGAGACCUGUACUGUCUGAGCUCCAAACCAGCCAGCAUACAGCACUGCGAGGGACACCACUGCCUCACCGUCUGGGAGGCCUCCGAAUGGUCCAAGUGUUCCUCUGAAUGUGGUCGCGGCAGCAGGAAGAGGACAGUGACCUGCACCAAUCCUCAGGGUCUCUGUGAUCCCGUGUCUCGUCCAGCAGAGGUGGAGACGUGUGAGGAUCACUCCAAAUGUUAUGAGUGGAAGACCGGCGAAUGGUCCAAGUGCUCAUCAUCCUGUGGGCGGGGCCUGCAGUCCAGAGUGGUCCAAUGCAUGCACAAAGUGACCGGUCGCCAUGGUAGCGACUGCCCAGCAGUCCUGAAGCCCACCGCGUACAGGCAGUGUCAUCUUGGGACGUGUAAUGUGAAAGUCAAUGUGAACACCAUCACCUCCCCUAGACUGGCUGCAUUGACGUACAAGUGCCCGGGGGAUCAGUGGGCGGUUUACUGCAUUAUUGCAUGCAUGCAUGCAAUAAUAGCUUAA